GAGAGGAAGAGCACUAGAAAGAUGAGAAGCAGUCAUUCUGGAAAUAUGUCCAUUAGCAGCUACAGAUUUUACUGUAACUGUUUCCCAGAUGCUUGUUGUUGUGCAACACUGCGGUUCCACCAGUAGCUACAGACAGAUUUUGACAUGUUUAUGCCGCUCCAGCAGCCCGAGCGUAGUUUCCCUGUGACGUCUCAUCUUUUGGCAGGUGUUCAGAUAUGAGCUGUAUGUGCCUGUGAGUUGUCAGAGCUCAGAUCACACUGCGGCCAUGCGACAGGGCACAGAUAUGACGGAGAAAAGUGGGGUUUUUCAGGCAUGGAAGGUGCUGCUGGUGGGGAUGUGUGUGCUGCUGCUGAUCCUGACCUCCUGUCUAGUGUUUCUGCUGGUUCGGCAGAAGGAGCUGUCAGAGGAGCUGGUCAGGUUGGACUCCCAGAUGCAGGAGCUGUCACAGAGCUCCAGGCUGCAGGAGGGAAUCCUGUCCACGGACCAUGAUGAGGCUGCAGAGCUGAAGAAGCUCCACCGCGGCAGGAGGAACCAGGAGGGGGAACCAACACAAAGUCAAGAGGAGAAGGACAUGCUGAUGCUGAUGACAUACUCCAUGGUCCCCGUCAAAUCCCUCAUGGACAUGUGCAGCUCCAGAGGAGUUUGUUUAAUAGGUCCUGCUGGGCCUCCAGGUUUGCCCGGUAGAGCUGGUUCACAAGGACCACAGGGUGAGCCGGGUGCGGAGGGGCGACGCGGGAGAAGAGGACCCACUGGUAAAGUGGGAGAACCGGGACCCAAAGGAGACCAUGGGCCUCCUCGACUGAAAGACGAAACCUGCAACGACAUUCUCACUGAGGGUCCCCCUGGUCCACCGGGUCCACCUGGUCCACCUGGUCCACCUGGUUCAAACUGUCCCCCCUGUAAUCCUAAUAGAGUGAGAAACAAAACCAUCGGCAGACACAUUCAUCAAACCAACAAGCUGGAGAAGUCGUCUCCUCUCCCGACCAGAGACAACUUGAAUCAAACCGACACAGAAAACAGGACAACAUUUAACACGACUGAAUCACCAACAUCACAGCCACCUGAUGAUACCAGAAACGUCGUGAAUGUUACCGACUCUGAGAAACUACUCAACACAACAAUACAGCCUGAGUCAGAAUCAUUCCAUCCGCACCACGACACAGACGCCUUGAAUGAGACCAGCACGGGAGACGUCACAGAGGCACCAGUACAAUUAUCAACAGUCCUACUUUCUGGAGACUUGGGUAACAACAGUGAUGUCUUCAAACCCAGUGGAAAUAUCAGUCAUACAACAAUAAGAGAUGUUUCAACAGAGUCAGUUUCUCCUCAUCCAGACAACAGACACGAGUCCUGGAUUCCAACCAACACGAGGAAUGUUACAGAGUCGCCAGUGGAAACAUUAGCAGUUUUACCAACACCACGUUCAGCUCAUGAAGCCGCUGAUAUCUUUAACUUCACUAACUCAGAGAGGUUCACGAACAUAGAUAAGGAAACUGAGUCAGUGUCGUCUCAUCAGGAAAACAGCCUCAACAUCUUGAAUGACUCAAACACAGAGAAUAUUACUGUAACACCAAUUCCAUUACUAACAGACCCAUUUUCUUCAGACCAAAGCAAAGAUGCAGUCAAUGGCAGCAGAACCUUUAUUGAUGAGCCCAAGGAAAACACUCAUGUUUAUGAGGACCAAAACAGUGAUGCCUUCAAUGACAGUAGAACCAUCAUUAAAACACCCAUGAAUAGUGACUCAAGAGACAACAAGCUGAAUUUAACUGGCAACGAGGGAUGGACAAAAACUGAAUCACCCACACAUCAUCCACCUGACAACAUGAAUGUUACUGAUGCUGAGAAACUUCUCAGCCCAACAAUGGAACCUGAGUCUGAAUCAAUUCAACAAGACAACAACCACGACACCUUGAAUGACACCAUCACAGGAAAUGUCACUGAGGCACCAGUAACAUUUUUAACAGCCCUCAUUUCUGGAGACUUGGGUCACAACAGUGAUGCGGUUAAAGGCCGUGGUAAUAAUGCUACACUGAAAAGUGAGUCAGUAUCACCUCGCCCAGACUACAGACAGGACUCCUGGAUUGAAAGCAACACAGGGAACAUGACACCAACAUCACGUUCACUUGACAACAUCCACGUUACAGACUCUGAGAAACGGCUAAACCCAACAGUGGAACCUGAAUCAGAAUCAUUUCAUCAAGACAACAGCCACGACAGGUUUAAUGAAACCAAGAGUGAGACUGUUACAGGGGCACCAUGGAAAUUAUUAACAACUCCUCUCUCUGUUGAACUUACUGAAAAGAUGGACACUUUCAAUAUCAGUGGAAACAUCAUUGAUACUCCCAUGGAAAGUGACUCUUCAUAUCCACUCCAGACCGCCAAUAAGAUCAAUGUGAUCGACAGUGAGACAUGGACAAAGAAGGAGUGCCGUAUCAAAAGUAUCAAAUGCUCGGAGAGAGCCACCAAAAUGAGAAGCACGUUUGGAGCCUGGAUGUCAGACGUGUCGCUGCUGGACGACGGUCGAUACUGGCUGGCUGAUCACUUUUCAGGUCGAAUUUUGGCAGAGUAUGAGAACAUUUCAUCCUCUCAGAGCAUGAACAGCAAACCUAUAGAUGUCAGGAGGUUCUACCAGGGUUGUGGCCAUGUUGUUUAUAAGGGGUCAUUUUACUUCCAAAAUGCAGGAACAAACAAUCUCAUAAAAUUUGACCUGAACACUAGGAGAAUAGACACUCUGACUGUGGCAAAGAGCAGAUACAACAAUCUGAAUUAUCUUUUCCCCAACUCAAAGACUUACUUCAAGUUUGCUGUGGAUCAAAAUGGACUGUGGGUGAUUUUUGCUUCAGAUACCGAUGAUAACACAAUGGUUGCAAAGCUCAACCCCGACACAUUUUCUGUGGAGUCUGUCAUCAACACUGCCUACCCCACAACUAAAGCAGGAAAUGCCUUCAUCGUAUGUGGGGUGCUUUAUUUCACAGAUGAUAUGGACAGAAGAGUGGCCUAUGCUUUUGAUUUGAAGAAACAGAGUGCUUUUGAUGCAAGUUUUGAUUUAAGGCCAGCUACAGGCAUCUUGGCUAUGCUGUCUUACUAUCCCAACAGAAAGCUUUUGUACAUGUGGGAGGACAGCAAAGUGAAAACCUGCAGAGUUAAACUCAAAGCGACCUAAAAUAACCACAAAAAAACCUGUAAAAUGAGCAAUAAAACAAUAUUUGAAAUAUC